GCACAUACACACACGCACAUACACACACGCACACACACACACACACACACAUUAGGACUACAAAAAAAGAGAAAAAAAACAUAAUAAUUAAAUGAAACCAGUAAAGUAAUCGGGUGAUGAAUAUUUAAUCCGUAGUGUUGAAGCAGGGCUCUGAUUGGCUCAUGCGUGUUUAUUAGCCGACAUUUAAUUAAUGAUCACCUACGGAUUCUUGUUAUCAUUAUUCCACACACUCUCACUGCCACGGCCCGGGUUCGAUUCCCGGGCAGGAAACAGAUACAGUCACUAAGGGGUUAACUCUCCGAGUCGGUCUCAGGCCUGGAUAAAAUGUGAGGGUUGCGCCAGGAAGCGCUUCCGGUGUAAAACCUGUGCCAAAACCAAAUGUAAGAGGAUCGCAUGGUCCGUUGCAUGGAGCAGCCGAAAGACAACAACAUUAUUUUUAAUAAUUACAUUAUUUACUGUUUAGUGUCACCCAAAUGAGGAUGGGAUCCCUUCUGAGCCUGGUUCCUCAUAUCAUCCCAGGGAGUUUUUCCUUGCCACCGUCCACAGGCUUCUCAUUAGGGAUAAAAUAGUUUAAUAAUUUAAUUUAAUAAUUUCUAGUUAUUUAGUUAUAUAUUUUUCCGCUCCCCUUUCUCCCUUUCUCUUCUUUUGUAAAGCUGCUUUGAGACAAUGUUCAUUGUAAAAGGCGCUAUACAAAAUAAAUUGAAUUGAAUUGAAAAAUAACUACACACACACACACACACACACACACACACGAUUAGUUGGUACUGCCCCCAUGUGGGUAUUAAUGUGUAUUUCACUGACAGAAAACACGAGGAGAAGGAAACGAUUUUCAGCAAAGAAAUAAAGCUGUCUGAGCUCUUCUCUAAGUCCUAGCUCCAUUUUGCCUUUGGACCUGAUGUAGUUUUGAUAGUGUAUAGUGUUCAUCAGUAAAUUAAGUAGUUGUAGUGUAAAGCAUUAAAAUGACAUAUUUCAUGAAGUAAUGUGGGAUUGUGUUGGUGUUCGGGUGUAGUUUUAUAGAUAAAAUGGUGCCUGGUGUGUUGGUUUGUUUUCUGUACAAAGAGAAAAGAGUUUAAAUAUUCUGGGAUCGGUGUCUAGGCAUGUUGCUACUGGAUGCUUGAAUUUCCUACAAAAUCAAUGUGUGUGUUUAUACACUACUCACAAAAAGUUAAGGAUAUUGGGCUUUCAGGUGAAAUUUCAGGAUGCACCUAAAAUGCACUAUAACCUUUCCAGGUGAACUUAAUUUGACCUUCUCUACACUUCUGAAUGCACGUCCAACUGUUCAGUGUUUCAGUACUUUCUGCAGAACUUGCUGUUCUCUAACAAGGUGCUUAACGGCAAAAUUCACAACUGGUGUUUGAUCCAUGAAUCCACCAAUAAAUUUUCUGGUUCCAUUAGAAUUGGUAUUUAAACAGUCCUCUUCAUCAUGCUGUUCACAUUUUGACAUCAUGAGACCAAGACCACACCUAACAAUUGAUCAACAGAACCUCACCAUUGUGAGGCUUCAAACAGGAUGUUCUCAGAGGGAAGUGGCCACUGAGCUUAGAGUGUCACAGAGUGUCAUCAGCAGGUUGGGACAGAGAUACAGAGAGACUGGAAGAGUCACAGAAAGGCAUAGAAGUGGACGUCCUUUGGCCACAUCCCCCGUUGAUGACUGCUUCAUUGUGAACAGUGCCCUGCGGAACCGGAUAAUGAAUGCCACUCAACUCCAGGCACAUUUAAGGGAGGUGAGAGGAACCCAAGUGUCACGUCAGACCAUUCGAAACCUUUUACAUCAGUGUGGUCUGCGUGCUAGACGACCUGCAAGGGUACCUGACCACACCCCCAGGCACAGGCGUCGGGCCAGGGAGCAUUUACACUGGACGAGGGACCGGUGGGCUUCAGUGCUGUUCUCUGAUGAAAGUCGAUUCACAUUGAGCAGAAAUGAUGGACCCAACGAUGUUGGAGACGUCAAGGAGAGCGCUAUGCAUCAGCCACUGUUGUGGUGGUGUUACAGUCUGGGCAGGUGUGUCCACUCAAUACAGAACUGCCCUACAUCUUGUGAAUGCUCCCUGAUCUCCCCUUCGGCCGCUGCUCACAACCUCGGGGUAAGCACAAUCAGCUGUCCUUUUCCUCCCAUAUUACUAAGGGGACACGCUCAUGUCAGUUUCUUCAGUACAACAUCAGAAGGAUUCCUUUCCACACAGGCUGCUCAGGUGCUUGUUCAGUCUCUGGUCAUUUCGAGACUGGACUACUGCAGCUCUCUACUGACAGGUCUUCCUCUGAAUGCAAUUCAUCCACUGCAAAUGAUCCAAAAUGCAGCUGUGUGACUUGUUUUCAACCUGCCUAAGUUCUCCCACACCACCCCACUGCUGCAGUAGCUGCACACAUCAGAUUCAUAACACUGAUUCUUCCCUACAAAGUCAAGAAUGGACCAGCUCCCUCAAGAUUCAAGAUUCUAGAAGCUUUUAUUGUCCUUUCAACCACAUAUAGCUGACGCAGUACAUAGUGAAAUAAAACAACAUUUCUCCAGGACCCUGGUGCUGCAUAAACAUACAACAUAGAGUUUAAACAACAACACAGAGCUAGGACAAUAUAGGUUUGUUCACACAGGUGAGAGGAAGUGUGUGCGUGCGUGUGUGUGUGUUGACACAAGUGAGACAGAGUGUGUGUUUGUGCGCGAGUGUGUGUGUGUGAGAGAGAGUGUGUUGAACAGUUCAGUCCUGGGUGUUGAGGAGCCUGAUGGCUUGAGGAAAGAAACAAACACAGUCUGGUUGUGAGGCCCGAAUGCUCCGGUACCUCUUUCCAGAUGGCAGGAGGGUGAAGAGUGUGUGUGAGGG